AUGGCAGCUUGCCGUAGGACAAUGAAAGAUCUCAAAGACAUCCGAGCGGGGCCACUGCCGAGAUAUCCCAUCAUCAAGGUGGACGACGCUAAUGUUCUAGAAUGGGAGGUCCUCCUGCAACCGACGACUCCGCCCUUCAGUCAAGGUGCUUUCCUGAAUUUGAGCCUGAAUUUCCCGCCCCAAUUUCCAUUCUUGGCGCCAAGAAUACGAUUUAAGACGAAAAUCUACCAUCCCAGUGUUGAUGAUGAAGGGAAAGUCUGUCUCAUGAUAAUCCUUCAAGAAAACUGGAAGCCAGCGGCUACCAUCCAGUUUGCCGAAUCCUGCGGGCCGAAACCACUAGACCGACACCGUUUGACCGAAAAUACCGGACAACACCAUUUGACCGAAACCGCUUCACCGAAAUCGCUUGACCGAAGCUGCUUGACCGAAUCUGCCCGGGUUGAGUCAGGCGUGUCGCGUAUCGCCUGA